UGGAUGGGUGAACAAACAUGCAUUUGGAUGAAACUUGGAAGGAAAAGUAUGCUAGCUGAGAGACACAGGCACACUCUUCCAGAUACAUGCUACUCAAUCGAUUGCAAGCAUCACAUAGACAUCUCAAACUCACAUUAUAUGGUACAUACGCCUAAUAAAAACUUUUCCUUCUCAUCAGUCAUCAUAGCUAAUCCGUCUCAACUUGGAUGCAGGUUGGUUCCAUUGAACGGCUUAAAAAAAGACUUGACCUGGUAAACCAUUUCACGAAGCGAAGUUGCACAGGUCAGUUGACGUUGUAUACCAUGGUAUCAGUUGAAUCCAUCAACUCUACCAAAAAAAAAAAUCCAUCAACUCAUCUGACUAAUGACAUGCUGAUAGAAAUAGUGCCGAAAUGCAAAAUUCCCUGGGACUUGCCUCGUCAAAUAGUCUAGUUGGCACCACCGAGGCCUUGCCUGGCUUAUUGGAUGGUAUUUUCUUGCCACUGGAUAAAAGGAUGGACGUCUGGUCCCAGCCUUUGACUGAGUCCACCUUUAUUUUAUAUCAACAAAGAAAAAAAAAGACAAGAAUUAAUCAGUUUUCACCCAUAUCCACUCAAGAGUUGUCAGCCAGCAGCGCCACUAACUGUGGACCGCUGCAAAACGUAAUCGAUGCUGCUUCCACCAUGCUACCAAACAUCUUCUGCGGCGCAAUCCCACCACCCUCUCCAUUCUUCAACUCCAAAUGCACAGCCUUCUCAUCAUAUUUAGAUGCUGAUGUGAGCCACUAUAAUUACACCACAAGGCUUGGUCUGUCAUGGAGAAGGAGCAGCAGAAGGCUUUCUCCUCCUCCGAGUGGUGCCGUGGAGAAAGAAGAAACCCAGUUCGAAAUCGAUAGGGAGAAGGCUCGGGAAGCGCUUCAGAAGCUCGACGAGCAGCUCCAGACCCUCUCUCAGCAGGAAUCCCUUCCGAAGAAGCGGCCCUCCUCCCCUUCCCUCUCCGCAGAUCUUAAUCUGGAUAGAGAUCGGAUGACCGGCAUGAGGAUUGAGGAAAUGCCUGAAAUUUCUGGUUCAUACCUUUCAUAUGUUGCAGUUGCACUUCUCAUACUUACCAUAUUUAACAAUAUAAUUUUCAAUGCAAUCAUUAAACCAUCUGUUGACGGCAAUGAGCAAGCUUCAAAAAUUGAAAGAGUACCUCUAAGAGACCCAGCAGAGCAGUCACUGAAGCAGCUACCACAAUGAGGUGAAUUGCAUUAGCCUCCAUCCAGAACUAGUGUAGAGCGUUUCUGAUUUUGUAAGAAAUUACCAGUCUUUCAUAAAAUGUUCUCAAAAGUUUUCAUCUAUUUCAGUGGAUCUGCAUUAAGUCUUUGUUAAUGAUUGUGCAGUCUAUCAAAAAUAUUCAACUGAUUUUUGAAUGAACAAAACCUGAAAAAAAAAAAGAUUUUCAAA